UGGCUGUUGGGUUUCGAAUCCCGGCUCCGACCCUCGGCCUCGGUGCGGUGCGCUGCUGGCUCGCAGGCGAGCCUUUGGACCCCGCAUCAAUCAUUAACGGGUCGGCCCGGGCUGCGGCAGCCCCAGCAGGGGGAUGGAGCGGCUGCUCGGAGGCGCAGGUCCUGUCUUGAACCCAGAGCGACGCCCCCGGCGCGGGCACAAAGGCUCCGACGGCGGCCGGCGGGGGCUGCCCAGCGCGCAGGAACCGGCGCCAGAGGUCGCCUGUGUGCGUCCUAGCCGAGCCCCGGGCACCAUGCCGCGGCGCCUGCAGCCCCGGGGCACGGGCACAAAGGGCACGGCCGCGGCAGCUUCGGGGGCCGCCCGGCACUCCCAUCCCGCAGUACCCGAGGAUCCCCCAGCGUCGGCCAAGCCGCUGCUGCGUUGGGACGAAGUGCCCGACGACUUCGUGGAGUGCUUCAUCCUGUCGGGCUACCGGCGCCUGCCGUGCACGGCGCAGGAGUGCCUGGCCUCGGUGCUGAAGCCUACCAAUGAGACGCUCAACUUCUGGACGCACUUCAUCCCGCUGAUACUAUUCCUGAGCAAGUUCUGCCGCCUGUUCUUCCUGAGCGGCUGCGAUGUGCCCUUCCACCAUCCGUGGUUGCUGCCACUGUGGUGCUACGCGUCCGGAGUGCUGCUGACCUUCGCCAUGAGCUGCACUGCGCACGUGUUCAGCUGCCUGUCACUGCGCCUGCGCGCCGCCUUCUUCUACUUGGACUACGCAUCCAUAAGCUACUAUGGCUUUGGGAGCACGGUGGCCUACUACUACUACCUGCUGCCUGGCCUGAGCUUGCUGGACGCCAGAGUCAUGACCCCGUAUGUACAGCAGCGCCUGGGCUGGCACGUGGAUUGCACGCGCCUCAUAGCCACCUACCGCGCACUGGUGCUGCCAGUGGCCUUCAUGCUGGCGGUGGCCUGCACCGUGGCCUGCUGCAAGAGCCGCACCGACUGGUGCGCCUACCCGUUCGCCUUGCGUACCUUUGUCUUCAUCAUGCCCCUCAGCAUGGCCUGCCCCAUUAUGCUGGAGAGCUGGCUCUUCGACCUGCGUGGCGAGAACCCCACACUCUUUGUGCACUUCUACCGCCGCUACUUCUGGCUAGUGGUGGCUGCCUUCUUCAACGUAAGCAAGAUCCCGGAGCGCAUCCAGCCAGGCCUCUUUGACAUCAUUGGUCACAGUCACCAGCUUUUCCACAUCUUCACUUUCCUCAGCAUCUAUGACCAGGUGUACUACGUGGAGGAGGGUCUGCGCCAGUUUCUCCAGGCACCGCCUGCAGCGCCCACCUUCUCAGGCACCGUGGGCUACAUGUUGCUGCUGGUAGUUUGCCUGGGGUUGGUCAUCAGGAAGUUCCUCAACAACACCGAAUUCUGCAGUAAAAAGUGAGCCUCCACCACGCAAGAGGUCACUGGUUUGCCCAUCUGUUUGUUUGGAGUUUCUGUUGUUGCUAUUGGUUUGUUUUCAAGUUUUGUUGUGUUUCCUUCUUGCUGGAGGAGGGUGCUGCAAAACCACAAGGGAAAGUUUCACUGCUACUAGGGAAUACCAGUCCACUUGGAGAUUUAAGAGCAGGGGAAAUCAACCGAGAGAGGGCCACUGAUUCUUGCUCCCUGAAAACAAAAAUCAGGUAAUGUCUCUGAUAUCCAGGGAUUUUACAAAGGCAUAAAUAAAAUCCCAAAUAACAUCCCCAAACAGUUUGAUUUUCCAUUUGUUUUCUGUGUCAGCAGUAAUCACAAGCAGCCCUUGUGAGGUCAGGUAUGCAGUUAAGAGGAUAAAUAGUCAGAAAUCCCUGGGUACUUCCAUUUCAGCGAGGAAAGCUUGGAUUUGUCAAAAGAAUGGAGCUUUGUAGGAAACCGGUACAAGACACAAACCCAGGGCUUAACCUGCUAGAAAAUGCAUGGAAUGUGAACACAAGUUAAUUAUUCCAAAAUGUUUCUUAGAUGUUAUUUAAAUAGUAAUAUAUAUGAUGAUUUUUCAUAAUUUAUAAAAGCCUGUGAUAUGCACUGAAUUUUCUUUGUCAUAUAGUUUUGAAUUUUACAGCCUUCUGCAUUGCACACACUUGAACUGGACAUCAGGGAAAGCUGCUUAAAAGUUCUCUACUUUUUAAAAACAGUAUUUUCUGAAGGCUUAUGAGUGUCAUGGUACAACUGUGAAUAACUUUUUACCUUAGGGAUUCUGGUUAGUCUACUGGUGAAGAGCUCACGUGGUUUGUAUAGGUCCCAGAUUCCUAUUUACUUUAAUGUAUUCCACAUAACUCAUCCUGAUUUUUUGUUUGUUUUGUCUUUAAUCUUAUUCUUUGCUUCUCUACUAAAAUUGCCACUGGAAUAAAUGUGCCUUUUGAAGCAAUGCCCAAACGACUGACCUCAGACAGUUUCUUGCAUGGGGAGAGCAACAGGAAUAAGCUUUUCUUACUUUACUGCAUGUCAGGAAGGAAGAUGGUGUUGGUUUUAAGUUUUUUGAUUGGACCAGAAUGCAAGACAUUUGGCUUCUCUACCAGGACAAGGCGCCAACCCAGCAGUAUGGCUGUGGUCCCUAGUGCAGCCAUGGUAGAGGGUGAAAGGACACUGGAGCCAUCUAUCUUUGCUAAAAAUUUACAAUACAAUGUUCAGGUGUAAAUGAGGCAGUGAAUAUUAUGAGAACCAGAAGCAUAUUAACUUGGGAUGUAACUGAAAUUUAUGAAUUAAAUAAGAUUAUGUAUGCCCAGUUAAACACAGAACUGUUAUUUGGGUCAAGACUAUGGAAAUGAUUGGCAGUCACACUGAAUCCUUGAAAACUUAGCAAACACAUCCCAAGAUGCUUAAUUUUUUUGUGGUCAGGGUCUGGCUAUACAGUCCAAGUUGGCCUUGAACUCCCUCUGUAUCCCAGGUUGGGCUUUAAUUUAUAAUCCUCCUGCCUCAGCCUUCCAAAUGCUGGUAUUAAAGAUAGUCACCAACAUGCCUGCCUCCCAAGAUGCUUUCUAAUCACCACAUUGGCCAGUGUUACCUAGACAUAUCUUAUAAAUGCUAGCCUGUAAUUGGAAACUCUUGAUGAACACAGACCUCUGAAGUAGCUAAUUGAAAUAUCACACUUAGUAAGUCGUUUGGUUAAGAGCCAAAGAAAGUCCAUAAAUGGUAAGUCUUGACUUGAGGGUGUAAUUUUGAUCAAGUGCAUAAAGCAGAUGAGCACUUACCUCAGCACUGGUAAAAAGAUGGCUCGCUUUUUUUUUCUUGUACUUUUAAUCACUACUGUAUUUGUAAACAGAGAGGCUCAGCACAAUUCCCUGGAGGAACCAGUAUCCUUGUGUGUGCUAAUUUGCACACAGAAGUUAAAUUUAUGUAUGUCUGUAUUUAAUUUAGGACCAUGUAAUGGGAUCAUAAAUACACUUUGCACAAUUCCUGACAAGUGUCAGUGUCUCGUCCUUUGCUAAGUACAAGGAGAUUCCUGUUAGGUUACGGAAGCUGUCCCUUUGUGCUUACCACAGAUGUUACUCCUCAGCUGUAACUUGACUCACUAUAUGUGUCUAAGGACAACUGUGGAAAUCAGGAUAUUUCCACAUGGAGACUUAUUUGCAUAUCAUUAAUAUCUCUUCUAGAGCUCCAAAGAAUUUUGGUUCAGAAGUUAGGGAAACAGCUUGAACAGUAUUUUGCAGCUUUCUUGUCAAAUGGGAACUCCCUUUCAGGAGGAACUUUGAAGAAGGGGACUUCCAAAAAGGAUCAACAGGUUUGAGAAUAAGAACUAAAUCCCAGUAUUUGUCAUUUUAAAUUUUUGCUGGAGAUCUCCUGAGUCCACAAAAAAGUCUCUUCUUGUUCUGUGUCUUUGUCCUUAAGCAGAGGCCACUUAAGGAUAAAAUUUUACCCACAUCAUUUUCAAGUGAUUCUGAUGGGUGAGCCAGUGAGAUGACACACUUUUCCCUGGGAAGGUUUAGCCACCCAGUAUGUUCCAAGGAGAAUAAGGACUCACUCUCUUUUUCCCUUUGCCUUUUGCUUCCUCCACUUUCCUUUCCCUUUAGUAUUAUAUACCACAAAUAACAUGAACAAGAGGACAUUCUAGUUGAAAACAAUGGUUUGGCUUUAUUUCAUGUUUGCAAACAGGUAUCACAUCUACUACGAUCAGGGAUGACUUAACUAGAUAAACUAUUUGCUAAAUUAUAUCAGAUUUUUUGUCAAGACAAUGCCAUUUUAGAAACAGUCACUUACUAUCUACACAUUUGCAUAGAACCAUCAGGCUUUUUAAACAUUUCAGAGAUAAGGCCACAAUCAGAGUAAAAUACCUUUGGAAAUGUUUUUUCACACUUCAUUUUGUCACAUCCAUUAAAAUUUGGUUUUCCUUUAUUAUGUUCUAUUAUUUGAAAUCUAGGACAACUUAUAAAUAAGAAUUCACUCCAUUAUCUUCGAACCAUCUAUUUUGGCAGUAAAAUUUUGAAGCAUAUUAUGUAAUACAUUUUAUUUUUACUUGUUAAUCAUGAUCUAGGUGACAUCUCAAGAAGUGGCACCAUGGAGUUAUGCCUGGGAAAUGAGGGUGUUUGACUGCAGUGCCUGUCACCCGUGGGUUAGUCCCUGGGGCUGACUCAGGCUAAAGUAGUUAGUUAAAGGGGUUUCUUCCUUCCCUGCCUUCCUUGCAGCUCAGGUGACCUUCCCAAAGAGAGGAAGUAGAGCUCUUUGGUCAUGUCAUUACUGGCUUAUAAAAAUAAAUGUGAUCUUUUCCACUGGCCACACACUUUCUAUAAAUAGCCGAGGGAGAAAGUAUGGAGCUAGAAAGCUGGCCAGAGUGGCCUUCCCAUGUUUCCAUUCAUAAAGCUUGCCUGUAAGUUCUUACAGUCAAAAAACCAUUUAGUCUCAUUCAUCAUGGUACUUUAUGGGAAUCAUUUCUAAGAAUGUAAAAUUUGGGGAAUAGAGGUGAUUUUCAUUAUUUCUUUUCCGGAUGUGGUGCUGAACUGGAGGGCUGAGAGCAAUAAUAGGGAAUUUUAUCUUUAAAUCUCAUAACUUUAAUCUGCAAAAAGCUGUAUUAGGAGACAGGUAUGGUAGAAGUUAACUCCAUUUCAAGGUUUUACCAUUGGUCCAAGGUAACAGACUUAAGUUUUCCUAUUGGCAUUAUAAUGUGGGGAUAAUUGUGCACUCAAUUGUGAGCAUCUGUGGGUUAUGUGCAACUAUGAUACGUGGCUGAGCCCCACAGAUACAUUGUACAUGUAUAUGAUAUAUGGAUAUAUAUAUAUUCCUUUAAUUGACUAUAAUUUUUAAAUAGAGCAAAGAGAUGGCUAUCUUUUUUUUUUUUUUUUUUUUAGUAUCAGGGAUUGAACUCAGGACCUUGUGCUUGCAAGCCAGGCACCAGAACCACUGAGCUAAAUCCCCAGCCAAAGAUGGCUAUCUUUAAUACUAGAUUAUAAAAUCUUAUUAAACAUGUUAUCAGCCACUUAAAUGGUUUUUAUCAUCUUGUUCAUCUACUGAAGUCUCAUACUGCUGACUUCAUUGUCAAGGUCCUUGAGUCAGCGUUCAUCCAUCCACCUGUGUAAUCCCUUUAAUGAUCACUGAGCACCUACUGUAUGUAAGACCUUUGAGCAAGAAUCUGUCCAUUCUGUUGCAGCCAUUACUUUUUUGCCUUGUGGUGGAACAAAGAAGACUGGGUCUUUUCAUCUAUUAGUAGAAGAGCAGUACAUAGAAUCUUAUUUCAAUCAACAUGUUAAUUUAUCUGCAAUUUCUUUUCUAUUCUUUUAUAUUCCUGGCUCUAUGGUUAAAAAUAACUUUCAAUUUUAAAGUACAAGUCAGGUAAAGGGAUGGUGGGAAUAUGUGCAAAACUGGAAACAUUUAUCACCUAUUAACAAUGAUAAUAGUUAUUGAGAGGUUAGUAGUAUUUAUAUAAUAAUGAAAUAUGGUUUAUUCAAAGUCCUAAGUUUUGAUGUCAUUAAGUGAACUUCACAGGCAGUAUAAUAAAGUAAAAAAACAAAAACUUUCACACACGUGAAUUUAAAUGCUUAAAUCUCCAAAAUUAAAACUACGACUAAUGUGCUAGCUUUUUUUUUCUUUUAAGAUUUUUGUGUUGUAACUUAAAGAGCAUAUCUGAGAGAAAAUAAAUCUGGAGGAAAUCAUAUUUUUAAAAUAUCAGAUGUAAAAAAAAAAAAGUAGGAAGAGAGCAUGGGAAACCAAGAACAAAGAGAACUGGAUUCAGACACCAAAAUGGGCAGUUUUGUUCAGUUUUGCUUGAGUUUUAAAUUUUAUCCCUAGAAAAGCAUGUGAAUUCCCAGGGUCUUAGUGUUUAAAUAGGUAGGCAAGGAAUUCUAUUUGGCUUAUCCUGUAGCUUUUAACCUGAGCAUGAGGUGCCUGAGUAUAUUUUGAGUAUCACAUUUAUCCCCUGGCUUAACGUCCCUAAUUUGCUUCCACAAAAUUAGGGCAUAGGUCAAAAGGGAAUUAGGGGAUAGCAGCAGUCAAUUGUAAAGCAAGCUUUGAAUCAUUCUCUUCAAGGAACACCAAUAUUCACUGGCAUACAUUACCUGACAAAAAGUGAGAGAGCCUAGACACACUGGAAAAGGAAGCAUUCGGUAGGUGAAGCUGAGCACAGGUGUAUUCCCUUUUGAGAAGCUACAUGCCUUCCUACUGAAGAUCUGACUUCUUCAGUAUUAUGAAUAAUUAUUUCCUAGUUGUGGAAAUGGGUAUCAGUUCAUCUUAGUCACCAUUCCAAAAAACUAACACAAAUUUCUGUUGUCCUUUCAAAAAUACAAAUGUAUUGCAUUUCUGGAUUACAAAUUUCUAACCACUAUAUAGGCUUUUUUGUUUUAGAACAACUUAAGAGUCUGUAAGCAAGUUGCAGAAUUAGUGUUUAUUUAUAGGUCAGGGGCCAAGAAUCCUCACUUAGCUGUUAAUUAUGGCAGGAUGUGACUUUUGAGAGAGCUGAAUAUACAUCUGUGUGCAACAAAAUGCUUAUUUAUUUGCUCUUUAACUCAGUGGGAAAGCAGCCUUUAUUUUGAGCUUUUGAAAAUAUUCCUAAUGCACUGUUCCUCUAAGUGUAAUUCAGGAGCUUUAUGGCUUUGGGUUCUCAACCUCUGAAAGCUAUUCCAAACAUGGCAUUUCUCAAGAAAAAUUUCUUGAGUGUGCAAAAUUAUUUUUGACUGUAUAAAAGUGGCAGGUCACCUUUCUCAUGCCUUACAGCUCCACCUAAAAUAUGCAAUAAGCGGUCAAGGCUGAGUGGGGCAGGAUCUGCAAUUGGUUACUUAGCCAUAUGAUGAAAAUGGCCCUGCUUCCCAUGGUUUACGGUAAUGUCAAGAAAGGGCACCAUGUAAAUAAACCCUCAUUUUUGGAUGAAAUAUGGGCCACACUAAUUUCAUUUCUUCUUUUAGUUCCAUCUCUAGUUAGAAAGGAUAAUCUGUUUUUAAUAUGGUGGAAGCAAAAAGAAAAUUCGUGGGAAAAAUUUUUAAAGAAGUAUUUUAAUUUUAUAUUCUAAAAGUUUGUAGUAGCAAUUUGUUUGUUAAAAAAAAAAAAAAAACAGGCCU